AUGAUUCGAGCGCCGAUCGUUAUUUCGUCGAUAAUCUGGUUAUUUGUUGCAACUUGUACUAUUCAUUGUUGGCCAUUGCCAAGAAACGUGUGCAAUUCUCCUUUUGCUUUACGAGAUAGUUCGAAACCAACAACUGUUGUCGGUAAUGGUCAGCCUGGUUCAUGUAAUCAAAACAGUCUUUCAGCUGCACUUCUCAAGGGUGGUAUUAUUACAUUUAAUUGUGGUGGACAACCAGUAGAGAUUGCUAUCAAUACUGAAUUACAAGUAUCAAAAGAUAAUGAUACUGUUAUUGAUGGAGCAGGUAUCGUGACAUUGAAUGGAUUAGGUAUUACUCGUAUAUUGAAAUUUGAUCGUGGAGAUUUUCGAUAUUCAACACCAACAUUAACUAUUCAACGUCUUCGAUUCAUCAAUGGUCGUUGUCAAGAUUCCGAUGGUGGAUGUGCUAUUCUACAGAAAAAUGGUGGAACUACGAUUGUUGUUAGUUCUAGCUUUGAGAACAAUAUUGGCCCCACGGUUGGACAAGAUGUUGCCGGUGGUGCUAUAUGGACUUUAGGGGGAGGUGAUACUACCAUAGUCGGAAGUGUUUUUCAACAAAAUAAAUGUUCCAAUGGUGGAGCACUUGGAAUUCUUGGUAGUGGAUUGUACAUUUACAAUAGUCAUUUUCAAAACAAUCAGGCUACUGGUAAUGGGGGAAAUCCAGGUAAUGGUGGUAAUGGUGGUGCAAUCAGCUUCGAUGGAAGAGGAAGAAAUAAUACGAUAUGUGGAACAAGAUUCACCGGAAAUCAAGCGAAUAAAUAUGGUGGUGCAUUCUUUCGUGUAUCAUAUAAUGGAGGUGAACAAAACAACUUCGAUGUAGUGUUGGUAGAUAGUAAUUUCAUUUCAAAAGAUGGAAAUGGACUAGCAGGUGGAUUAUAUAUUCAAGGUGGAAGUGCAUCCAUUCUCAAUACUGUCAUUGCUAAUAAUUCAGCUGAUGGUGCCGGUGGAUUAUUUUUGGCCAAUGAGAAAUCUGUAACAUUGAAUAAAGUCAAUUUUUUGGAUAACAAAGCAUAUACCGGUCUCGGUGCUGCAGUAUUCUGUUCCAGCCCUGUAUCGGGUACAUUUUCUGGUCUAACUGUGGCUAAUAAUAAUGCUGGCGCAUUCGGUGCAGCAUUUGCCUUUUGUAGUACAUCAGUAACACUUUCAAAUUCAAUCAUUGCCAAUAAUACUGUAGGUAAUCCUUGGCCAGCCAAUGCAUGUACAAGUAUGAUGAACGAUGGAACAGGUGUAAUCCAAUCACCGAACAGCAAACAAAGUCCAGCGAAUGGAGCAGAUGCUCCUUGUACGAAUGGAUCUGUAAAAGUGGAAAAUAAUAUUUCGGUAGAACUGCAUAAAACAUCAUGGACAAUUCAGGCCAUCGGUGCACAAGUUGUCUAUUCAGGCCCAACAGUGGUUCCUGGAUUAUAA